GGCGGCGGGCAUGGCUGGGGGGCGGCGGCCGGCGGGGCUCGCCCUGGGCUGGGGCUGCUGCCUCCUGCUCUGCUGCGCUGCAGCCAGAAAACUGGAGAUCUCCAUGCCAGCCGUGGUAGAAGUGGAGGCUGGGGACACAGCCAGGAUUGAGUGCAACUUCUACACCCCUGAAAAUGCUUCCUACACCUACAUUGACUGGUUCUACGUGAGUGCUGACCUGGGACACAACAAGCAGGUGAGGCUGUACCACAUCACAGCCAGUGAGGUCCUGGAGGAUGACACAGACUACAAGAACCGGGUGUCACUGGGGCAGGACAAGGCCCUGUCCAUCAGUGCAGUGACAGUGCAGGACGCUGGGGUCUUCGUGUGCCAGGUUGGAGCUGGCAGCUACGGCGUGGGCGAGAACAGCACCGAGCUCAGCGUCUACAAGGUCCCCAGGACUCCGGAGAUUAAACCCAGCUCAGGAGGCAUCUCUGUGCACAGCACAGACAUCCCAGAGAUAGCCAAGUGCGUGAGCAAAAACAGUUUCCCAGCUCCCAACAUCACGUGGCACAAGAACGGGGAGCAGCUGCACGCCCAGGAGAACCAGGUGACGAUCCAGUCGGUGCUGACGCAUGAGUCGAGCGGGCUGUACACGGUGAGCAGCACGCUGUACGCGCCCGUCACGCGCGAGGACCGCCUGUCCCGCUUCCACUGCACCGUGCACUACUGGCUCCGGGGACAGACGCAUGCCCUGGAGUCACAGAGGGUCAAGGUCAACAUCUUCUACCCUGCCGAGACCCUGAAGCUUCAGGUGAUGCCGUCCUCGGCGCUGGUGAAGGAAGGGGACAAUGUGACACUGGUCUGUGAGGCUGAUGGGAACCCACCGCCUGUCUUCAGCUUCUUUAAGAAAAACCUGAAUGAGUGGCAGGAUCUGUCAUCGCUGAUGGACUCCGACAGUGGGAUCCUGAACCUGCACGAUGUGAACAAGAGCAGCAGUGGCACAUACAAGUGCCAGUCCCUGGACCUGGAUGAUAUGUCACAGAAAGAGGAGGCUGUGGAUCUCGUUGUGAACUACAUUGAAGGGGUCCAUGUGAAGAUGGAGCCGUCCUCAACUGUCCGUGAAGGGGAGAGUGUGAAGCUGAUCUGUGAUGCCUACAGCCCUGUGGGCCUGCAGUACCAGUGGAGGGAUGAGAAGGGCAAGAAGCUGGUGGAAGGGAGCCAGCUCUUCCUGAACAACCUCACCUUUGAAACCUCCAACACCUUCAGCUGCAAGGUGAUGGCGCCGAGCGUGCCAGGGCUGGAGCAGAGCAAGAAAGUGUCUGUGGCUGUUGAGGGGAAGCCACGGAUCGUGGCCAUCAGCUCCCCGCUGUACGUGCGCCAGGACGAGGUGGUCAACCUGACCUGCAAGGCCAUCGCCUUCCCCCGGCCCACCGUCCACUGGAGCAUCAAUGGCACGGCUCACGAGUACAUGGACAACCAGCACGUCGCCAGCAACCUGACGGUGCGGGUGAGCCACGACCUGCUGCAGGCAGGAGCCAUGUGCCGGGUGUCCAACAAGCUGGGUGUCAGUGAGAAGCACAUCCGGCUGGUGGAUCAAAAGUCAACAGCAGAGAGCCAAGGGGUGAUCAUCGUGGCCAUCAUUGUGGCCAUCCUCGUGGUGGCUGUACUGGGUGCUGUCAUCUACUUCCUGCACAAGAAAGGCAAGAUCCCGUGUGGCCGUGCUGGGAAGCAGGACAUCACAAAGCCAGAGGCCCGUAAAGACAAGAUUGUAGUUGAAGUUAAGUCAGAUAAACUUUCCGAAGAGGCGGGGCUCCUGCAGGGCGCCAACGGCGAGAAGAGACCCGCAGCUGACCAGAGCGAGAAAUACAUCGAUCUGAGAAACUAGAGAGGAAACCUCCUAAGUGCUUUCUUCCUUCAAACCUUUCCUGCUCUUGGAUUGCCUUCUCCCACCCCUGCUCCAGCCCCUGGGGAGCACGGCCAGAGACCCCCCCCCCCCACCACCGUGUGUCACCGUGCUGGGCGUGCAGGGGACACCUCCCUGACUCACCUGGCCAUUACCUCAGCCCUGGGCUUGCAGGUGUUGCCUUAGCAGCAAAGCUGGACUCGCUUUACUACUCCAGAGAAGCCACAGCAAUAUUAGGAAGAACUAUAUCCCAUUAAUCCCUACUUGGUGGAAGGAUUUGAGGCUCUUUCAGGUAAUCUGUUCUGUACGUGUUGUGGGAAGGUUUUGAUGUGUUCUUUAUUUACCCUGACCUUGCUCAGAGAGGCUGGUGAAAUUUGGUUUUUGGGAUGUCUGAGGCACCUUAGUGCCUCA